CUCCUCCCCCCUUAAAAGCAAAAAAUUUUCAUGCCUCCAGAGCAGCGGCUAAUUUGCACGCACAUGUAAAGUCUGAUUGUGUUGUCGUGCUUUGAGUAAAACAUUCAGUUGAGCUGUUUAUGAGCGCAUAUUUUCGGGCUGCCUGCUUGCUAAUAACAACAAGAAUAUCCUUUUUCUAUAAAAUAAAUGAGUUUGGAGGGGGGCAUACUGUUUUUUUUAUUGCUCACUUGUUUGCCACCCAGCCGUUUCUUCUUAGCAUCAACCACAUCUAUAUAUUUUGUAAGCCUUAUUUAUUCUCAUUAUAUAUAUUUUUUACAUCUUUGGCCGCUCUGUACAUAUACUCCACAACGUCAUCGGCGGCAAUAAGUCAAUCAGUCAAUCCCCUCGAUACCCCUAUUCCUUACACAUAUCGAUAUACUGCAAUGUCGUCCAACAAUAACAUUUAUGACGUCUUGCCGCACCCGAGCCUGUUUCAGCAUCGCCAGCAGGGGCAAGAACGUAGCUCGAAUCACACUGAGUCGUCCACAGCUUUGCAAUCGCCAGCCAGUGUUCAAAACACCACGAGCACAGGGGUGCAUACAGAGCCGGCAGCGCAGCACUGGGGUGAUGAUGAGUGGUCAGAGAUCCGACGGCGACUCUGGAACGCUAAAAAAUAAUUCACGCCGUUAAGAAAAUUGGUCACGAACAUCAUUGCAU